GGCAGCUGGAGGGAGGGGAGGGGCAGCAGCAAGUUCGGUUCCAAUCGGCUUCCCACUUGAGUCAGCACUGGUCGACAGAGAAAUCCGGUGCUUCUGAGACCACCACCAGUGCCACCACCGCCACCACCACCAGUACCACCACCGCCACCACCACCGCUGCUACCACCAUCAGCAGCAUCACAGCAGAGGGAUCGGCCAAUGGCGGGUUGACAUCUGGCAGUUUUGUUUCCAUCUCAGAGGCGAAACGGCAGAGAGUGGCUGUCAAUGAGAACGGGCAGGAGGGGAUGGGGGCAUUGGGCAACGAUGGCAGUGGGUGGGGGGGCAGCACUUUUGCUCUGGCGAGCGGAGGAUUAGGAUGGGGAGGGAUGGGAGGGAUGGGAGGAGUGGGAGGGAUGGGACGGAUGGGAAGAAUGGGGGGAUGGUCCUUUGAGGAGCUAAGGAUUGCAACAGGGAGUGAUGGAGUGGACACUGUUGUGAAACACCCUCUGAAACUCAAGAGCGCGUAUUCACAAGCACCGGGAGUGUUGGAUGUGCUCCUUGCGUUCCACCCACACCCCACCUUAGACCAAUCAACCACAAUUCCUUGCACCCCUCUUCACCCCUACUCGGCCCUCUUCACCCCUCUUCGCCCCUCUUCGCCCCUCUUCGCCCCUCUUCACCCCUCCACCCCUCGUCACCCCUCAUCACCCCUCUUCACCCCUGCUCCCGCUCUCACCAGGCACACCCAUGAGUUGGAGGUGCAGAGAGUGCUAGACGUGCUCCCAGUGUCCCACUUUGCUCACAACGGCGCCAUGCCCACUCGCCGCUGGCCCAGCGACCACUUCUCCUUAAUUGCAGAGUUCACCCUUCAAUGCCGGCCUCAGCAACAGUGA